GCGCCUCCGCCUCCUCCUCUGCCCGCAGCCUGCCGCUCGCCGUCCUCGCCGGCUGCAUCCUCCCCGCGGCUCCCGGGAUCGGCGCGCCAUGGAGACGGCGGAGAAGGAGUGCGGCGCGCUGGGCGGCCUCUUCCAAGCCAUCGUCAACGACAUGAAGAGUUCCUAUCCCAUCUGGGAAGAUUUCAACUCCAAGGCAACGAAGCUCCACUCCCAACUGCGGACCACAGUGCUGGCUGCCGUAGCCUUCCUGGAUGCCUUCCAGAAAGUUGCAGACAUGGCCACCAACACACGAGGAGCAACGAGGGACAUUGGCUCAGCACUAACCCGGAUGUGUAUGCGGCACCGCAGCAUUGAAGCCAAGCUGAGGCAAUUUACCAACGCCCUGAUGGAGAGUCUGAUUAAUCCUCUGCAGGACAGGAUAGAGGACUGGAAGAAGACUGCUAACCAGCUUGACAAAGACCACGCAAAAGAAUACAAACGAGCCCGUCACGAGAUAAAGAAGAAAUCCUCUGACACACUGAAGCUGCAGAAGAAAGCCCGCAAAGGGAAGGGGGACCUGCAGCCACAGCUGGACAAUGCACUCCAAGACGUCAGCGAUAUGUAUCUCCUCUUGGAAGAGACAGAAAAACAAGCUGUCCGCAAGGCACUCGUUGAGGAGCGUGGCCGAUUCUGCACCUUCAUCGCGUACUUGCAGCCUGUGGUGAACGGAGAGAUCACUAUGCUGGGAGAGAUCACCCAUCUGCAGGGCAUUAUCGACGAUCUGGUGGUGCUGACCGCAGAGCCUCACAAACUGCCCCCAGCCAGUGAACAAGUGAUCAAAGAUCUAAAGGGCUCUGAUUACAGCUGGUCUUACCAGACUCCGCCGUCGUCUCCUAGCAGUUCCGGGUCCCGCAAAUCCAGCAUGUGCAGCCUGGCACAGCCCGUGAAUGCCAACACCCGCCUGUCCAGCGUCUCGUCGCAUGACUCUGGCUUCAUUUCCCAGGAUGCCAUGUUCUCCAAGCCGCCUUCGCCGAUGCCCUCGGACAUCACCAGUCAGAAGUCUUCCAGCUCUGCUUCGUCCGAGGCCUCAGAAACCUGCCAGUCUGUCAGUGAAUGCAACUCCCCAACCUCGUGGAAACCGCUGAGUGUAGCUCACGGGGCCAGGACUGAAGGAAGUUCCCGAAGAAGCCUCAGCCUGGAUUGGUCUAAAGCCACCCUCUAUGAGCAGCCAGUGGUAAAUACACUGCAGCGAAGGAAGGACCGUGUCGAGCAUCUUCGGGAGGCAGAGAUGGGCUCUGCCACCCUGGUAUAUCCAGGCAUGAGCUUGGAGGAAGGAUCAAGGCCACGCAUGUCACCAGCCUCCAUAGCUGCCAAGCACGGUGAGGAGGUGUCCCCAGCGGCCAGUGACUUGGCGAUGGUGCUGACCCGCGGCUUGAGCCUGGAGCACCAGAAAAGCAGCCGGGACUCCCUGCAGUACUCGAGCGGCUACAGCACGCAGACCACCACGCCCUCCUGCUCCGAGGACACCAUCCCCUCGCAAGGCUCAGAUUAUGACUGCUAUUCGGUGAACGGCGAUGUCGAAGGCGAGAGCCAGAGUGAUUUUGACAAGUCCUCCACCAUCCCGCGCAACAGCAACAUCGCGCAGAACUACCGCCGCAUGAUCCAGACCAAACGACCAGCUUCUACCGCCGGCCUGCCCACUGGUACUGCCAUGCCGACUGGUGCCACCCCAGGGGUGGCCACCAUCCGCCGCACGCCUUCCACUAAGCCCACGGUACGCCGGACCCUAUCCAGCGCCGGCCCCAUCCCCAUCAGACCCCCCAUCGUCCCUGUCAAGACCCCCACAGUGCCUGAUUCCCCUGGUUACACUGGCCCCACCCGGGUGGGCAGUGAGGAAUGCGUUUUCUAUGCCGACGAUGCCUCGCCCAACGCCCUGGACUUUUCCAAAGCCUCGCCCAAGAGGCUGAGCCUGCCCAACACAGCCUGGGGCAGCAGUGUCAUGGAGAUCUCCGUGUAUGCAGGGGCCGGGCAGCACCUCUCCACUGAGGAGGAAGACCAGCAGCUGGCAGCCAACCGCCACAGCCUGGUAGAAAAGAUUGGUGAGCUGGUGGCCAGCGCACAUGCGCUUGGGGAGGGUCAGUUUCCCUUCCCCACUGUGUUGUCUGCCCUUGGCCCUGGGGAGGAGACGCCCCUCCCUCCCCCAGCGGCCUCCAGUGACCCCCCUGCUGAAGACAUGCUAGUAGCAAUCCGCCGUGGGGUGCGCCUUCGCAGGACCAUCACCAAUGACAGGUCAGCGCCACGGAUUUUGUGAUGGGCUGCAUCUGGCUGCCUGUCCGAAGCCCAGCGUGGAGUCAGGACUGAACCAGGAACAAACCACCCCAACAAAAAGAAGAGAAUUAACAAACCACAGAAAGGCAAAGCCACUUUAUGGACAUAGCAUCAAAGGUUAGAUUUGAAUGGAGACUUAAUACGAAAACACCUUCAUGAACAAACUUGGAAGGGUACAACCGGGCGCUGAACUGAUUUUGGAGCCUAUUUUAUAUGUUGUUUUUCAAGUGCCGCCCUCCCAGGUUUCCUUUCCCCCUUCUGCACCUUCUUCCUGGCUUAUAAAAACCAGUUUCUGCCAGCACCACUCAGAAGCAAUUCCCUGUUGUUGUGUGUUUGUCAGGGAGGAGUGAAAACCUGGACUGGAUUUAUCAGCCAUAAGGCACACACCACCAAUGCAGUUGUAGCACAAGGCAGGGGCCAUUUCGUGCCGAAAACGCUUGUGCCUCCUCUGAACAGAUGUAUCAUUAAGUCCUGUGCUGAAUCCUUCCCUCCACUGUCGUCUUUUCUGUGUUUCUAUCAUCUGGUUUUUUGUCUCCUCUGGUUCAAAAGACUUCCUAGGUGGUUCCAUCAACUCAAAUGAUCCCAGAGAAUCUGGCCCUGUUCAAAGAUGGCUCCUGAUAGUACAGCUGGACUUCAGGCUGGGGAAGCAGCAGCAAACAGGAGCCUUGUGAGAACGUGGCUGUCCAGUGGACGGAGAGCUCACUUCCCUUCUGGGCGUGGCUACGCUUUCCGCGUAGUCACUGGCACAGAACUUUUAUCUGGGUCAGUUCCGCUGGCACCCUGGGAGAUGGAGUGGGAGGCUUUUUACUAGGUCCCUGUGAGGGUUGCCCAGCAGCAGCGGAGGGACGCCAAGAGGCCUGCCGCUGCUGUCUUGCCCUUGUGAUGCCUGCAGGGCCUGGCCCGUACUUUUCCACAGAGCCACGCCUGCAGCGCCCCAGGGGUGCGGGUGUGGAGUGCAAGUGGCUGAGGAAUGUGUAAGUAUGUGGGUAGGUGGAUGGUCAGUAGCACUGUGGGGCAAAGAGGCCCCUGGGCAAGUGGAAGAGCGGUGCAUGUGGUAUGUAAGUCCAGUGGGUGGGCAGGAAGAUAGAGGGAAGCCUACUCAAGGCUGUGUUUGUUGCCGCACCAACAGCUGCAGCUGUUGUCUUUGUGGAGAAUUGCCUUAGUUUGGAUGAGCAGGGAUGUCUGCAGAGCCACUUUUUACAGAUACUCUUGACAGUGUUCAAGGUUUGAGUCCAGUAGCACCUUAAAGACCAACAAGCGUUUCCAGGGUAUAAGUUUUUGAGAGUCAAGCUUCGUCAAAAGUAUUUGCAGAGUGACAUAGGUGAUGAUGUGACUGGGGGAAGCCCCGUGGCUGCUGCCGGCAGCAUUGCCAUAUUAGAUUACCCACCUAAAACCUUAUAGUCUGUGAUCCCUGAUUGGCUGGGAUUGCCUGUAGAGCUGUAGUGUCUUUUUUCAAUUAGGAGAAACAAAUGGUAUAAAAAUAACUGUUGAAAGAGAAUGGCAGAGAACAUGUUGAAAAAAGUAGGAUGGGAUGGCAGCUCUAUUCUGAAAGCCAAGUUUGGGCCCCAAAGAAAAAAGGAAAGAUGUGGCACAGCCCACUUUGAAACCCAUUCUGGCACCCCUGCCAAAGGGUUUUUUCCUGAUUACUUUCCCAGUCUUGGGAGUGAAAUGGGCAUUAUUUUGACAAUCAGUCCACUGCUUCAGUCAAUUCAUGGCCUGCAGCGCUGGUUGUGAGCCACCAAGCUGCUUUACUCAGUCAAGGACUCGGCAGAGGCAGCCCUGACUGUGCCUAGUGUGCUGCCGGCAUUGGCUCGUAUGGGCCCAGGGGUACUGUGGGGGGGGGGGGGGUGUUGAGCCUACUCUGUUCCCAGAGUAGAUGUUUCAGCCUCCCCACGGCCAUCUGUUUCCACUUUUCUCAGUCACAGAGCAGAUCCUUGAGCCUGAGAAAGGAGUAUGGGGCCAUAAGUGGCAGGCACUUCCUCAUGAAUCCCACAUCUAGGGACAGCUAUUCGUCUGCUGCUGCCUGCUCAAACAAGGCUGCUAUUAGUAUUCCUUGCCUUGGAAAUUGGGCUCAUUGUUUUGUUGCCCCAUAGGCACAGUUCUUUGAAAGUUGGGGGGAAGAGGGUGAAGGAAGUAAUGUCAGGCUGGCAGUAGAGGUUCAGUGGGAGAGAAGGGAGGACACCCUCUGCCAGUGCUUUCCGUAGCCAGGGCAAGCGAUGGAGCCUGAGCAGCAAGGUCGGUCUGUGCCUUUUCAGCAAGGGGAACCUCUUACCACCAGUGCUCCCUGCUCUCCAGAAAGUCCAGAGAUUAAGUCUGUUGGCAAAUGGCAUGUGAUGUUGGGAAUGAGAAAACAGGCCUGAAAAGCGGAAGGUGGGGAGGUGGAAGGCAGAUGGCUUACUUGACUGUAGGAGGGAGGGGGAGAGAGCUUUUCCUUGUGUUUGGCUAGGAAGGAUGGGGUGGCAUCCAGCAUGCUGGAGAAACAAGAUGGGAGGGGGGAGGCUGGUUCCCGCGAGUUUGUCCUUUCUGAAGGAAAGAGAAUUCUCAAGACUGGCUGCAUGCUGCCAGGGUAAGAGCAUCAGCACCAACUCACACCCACCUGCUCCACACAAGGAGGAAGAGGUACCAGCCCAGGUUCCAUUUUUGUUGGACAGGCUCUUGGACAGGCUGAAGUGCAAACCAUCCACCGGUGCAAAAGAAAGAAACUGUGUUUGCUGCUUAGGGGGAACGAUCACAGGAGAGAGACACACACACCCGCAUUUGAAAUGGCUAUAGGCAAAUGUGAGAGACAGGAGAAUUUGAGUAGGCCGUUUGGCACCGUUGUAAUAUAACCCAAGCUCAGUUCUAGAGACACAGGGCAGUGAUUCUGUUGGGUAGGAGAUGGCCAGGCUCCCACAUACCAAUCUGCGUACCAGUCACAGAAGCCCAACCUUGGGGGUAGACUACUGGGCACCCAAAAGUCUGCACGCAAUUGACUGCCAGAGGACUCUGAGAAAGCACACCCUCUCCCCCUCCUGUUCUUGCUGUGCCUCCCCCAUCCCACAGCGCUUUUAAAGCACAGCUGAUGUACAUAGCUCCACUGCAGAAAACCCUGCCCCCCCCAUGCUGCAGGGGGGAAUGGCGUGUGUGUCAUGUAACCUCUUUCUCUUCGACUGUCGUAGUAAUAAGAGUUUAGUUCUAACCUGCCAGUCCUCUUGUGCGCUCCAUGCUGUGUCAUGACCAGAGAUUACAACCGUGAGAAAUGUUUGCAUUUUGCUUUUUAUUUUUCAUUUUUGUACAGAGAAAAGAACCCCUUUGAAAAUGUCUUUCAACUGACGUAACUAUUCUGGUGCUGUUGUAACUUGUUCCUCUCUUUUUUAAUUUAUUUCCCCUGCCCCUUCUAGCACUCCCCUAGCCUUUCCCACAACUUUUUUUU